CCAAGCGUUAGGCGCAAAAGGGGGAUCUGCAGUCGAUGUGGAAAGGCCAAUAAUUGAUGUAGAAGGACCAAUAAUUGAUGUAGAAGGACCAGUAAUUGAUGUAGAAGGACCAGUAAUUGAUGUAGAAGGACCA